AUGCUCAAUCAGACCAAUGCCAACUUUGCCUUGUAUUUUGCUGUAGCUGGGGUUUCGCUAAUUACUGGUUAUUACUUAGGUCAAAUCUUGCCAGCUGCUUCAAAAGCUGAUCAGCUUAAAGAUUCUAAAGAAAUCCUAAAGCAAGGGAAACAUGAUGCAACGGGACACGUUUAUGAUUCCGAUGAACAAUCUAGCACAUGUGAUAGUGAAGAAGAAGAAGAAGAAGAAGAAGAAGAGUAUGAAAUUGAAUCCGUCUCUUUAAAUGACAUCCCCGGGGAAGUAAGGAUGGCACUUGUCAUACGUCAAGACUUGGGAAUGCAAAAAGGCAAAACUGCGGCACAAUGUUCACAUGCAGCUUUAUCUUGUUUCAUAAUGAUAGCUACUGAUGAAUCGCGCAUAUCAUACAAUCCGUUGAUGGUUCAAAGAUGGUUUAAGUCUGGGCAACCCAAAAUCACUUUGAAAUGUCCUGACAAAGAAACCAUGGAUGAACUGUAUGCUAUGGCUAUUUCUUUAGGCGUUAAUGCUUCUGUAAUACAUGAUGCUGGCAGAACACAAGUGGCUGCUGGGAGUGCCACUGUUUUAGGACUGGGGCCAGCUCCAAAAGCUGUCCUGGAUCAAAUUACGGGUAAACUGAAACUUUACUAA